AUGCCAUUGGCUAUAUCCAGCGGUUUACAUGUUCGUUUUUCGGGUGCUUACAUUGAAAAUCUGAAGGGUCGUUUACUAACAAGUGUUCAUCGUGAUAGCAAGAAACAACACGGCGUUUCUUAUUACCUUACUCUGCAAACAGAUUUCCAGCAAGGACGUUUAGAAAUCGAAUUCACAUUCUUAGCCAAUGGUUACCCCUUGAAAUAUGUACAGUAUCUGUUGCAACAAUUCCUUCAGCGACACCCGUCACCUAAAAACUCGUUCUCUUUCAAUAAGUCUUCCUAUGAUACAUUUCGUCGUGACAUAUUUCCAUAUUAUAAUGCACGACUGUUGCAAUCCAUGGAAAAUGGCAGUCUUCUUCUUGAGGGUGUGGGCAUUGCGGAGGGCGCAGCCUACAGCGGCAGAGUCAGGCUCAAUGUGAACGGGAUUCGUUAUCGUUAG